GGCCGCUCCCGGCAGCCCCCGCGCACAAGAUGGCGGCGCGGGGCGGCGGGCGGUGAGCGGGGGCGCGGCCCCGGGCAGACAUGACCUACACGGCCGAGCAGCUGGACGGGGUGCGGCGGAUCAAGCGGUGCCGGGACUACUACGAGAUCCUGGGCGUGAGCCGGGACGCCGGCGAGGAGGAGCUGAAGCGCGCGUACCGCCGGCUCGCCCUCAAGUUCCACCCCGACAAGAACCGCGCGCCCGGGGCCACCGAGGCCUUUAAAGCAAUAGGCAAUGCUUUUGCAGUUCUGAGCAACCCUGAGAAGCGACUGCGAUACGAUGAACUGGGGAGCGACCAAGAGCACGUCAGCACUGGCCAGGCCAGGCACUACAAUUACUACACAGAGUUUGAAGCAGACAUUACACCAGAAGAAAUAUUCAAUGUGUUUUUUGGUGGGCAUUUUCCUACAGGAAAUAUCCACAUGUUCUCAAAUGUAGCCAGAGAUGCACAUUAUUACCCACGGAGGCACCGGACUGAGAGGGCAUGGACACAGGAGCAGGAGGAGGAAGACAACAGGCCACAGAAUUCCUAUUCUGCAUUUAUCCAGUUGAUGCCAGUUUUCAUCAUCAUAGUAGUGUCAGUGAUAACCCAGCUGAUGGCCACCAACCCUCCCUACAGUUUAUUCUACAAGUCGUCCAUCGGCCACGUCAUUAUCAGAGAAACAGAGAACUUGCAGGUGCCUUACUAUGUCGAUAGGAACUUCGAGAAGAAUUAUCAAGGAGCAGAACUCCAAGAGCUUGAGAAGACAGUUGAAAAGGAUUACAUAGACUAUAUUCAGACCAGCUGCUGGAAGGAGAAACAGCAAAAGUCUGACUUGUCCAAUUUGGCCAAGCUCUACAGAGAUGAGAGGUUAAAACAGAAAGCAGAAUCCCUGAAACUUGAGCACUGUGAGAAGCUCUCCAGUCUGAUUGGGAUGCACAAAGGGGGCUGAGCAGACUGCACACGUUCCAUAGUUUUAUUUAUUGCUGUUUUAAGUUAUGUUUUUAUUUUCCUUCAUAUAAAAAGGGAAGGAGUCUAUUGUAAGGAGUGGAUAUUGGAAUCCUUCUGCAUGUAGUGCAGAGAAGGGCCAGCACGAGCUGCAGAGCUGCUGUUUGCUGUAAUAUAUCCUGUACAUUAGAUUCGGUUCCAAGGACCAGUGGCACUUUGUACAUUCAUUCCAGGGAGAUUCUCUUAGUUUGGAGCCCCUCUGAAUCCAAACAGUGUGUGCUUCCCAGGACAGCACGCACAUGCCUUGGCUUUCCAUGUUUUCCGUGGAGCUGCAGUGCAGUGGAUCCCAUGGACAGUGUUGUGCUCAGUGCUGGGUGUCAGCUCCCCUUCCCAUUGCAGCACCCAGGCUGUCCCUGCCUCCACAGUGCUGUGAAGGAAUGUUGGGCUGAUUCCAGUGUCCUGUGCAGUGCUGAGGGCAGGAGGGACAGGUACCUGCCCCAGGUGAGCUCCUGAGCACACUCCCAGCCCUCCCUCUGUCCAAGGGACUGUACCCUGUGCUGCUCCAUGGGAGGGCCGUGCCCAUCCUGCUCCGUGUGACACCAACACGACCAAGAAGAUGGGAGUGUGAACUGCACCAAUUCCAGUGGCUGCAAAACUGUAAGGAGAGGACAACCAUGUUGAUUUUCUCAUCUGUUUUCAGUGGCAUAUUUUGAAGCUGGCUGUUACAUUCUGACUUGGAUCUGCACACUCUUCUCCAGCUGCUCCAGGGGCCCUGCUUUUCCCGGUACAGUUCUCAUGUAGCAUAUUUUUACUCUGCUGAGCAGUUAUGAAUGUGUCACUGUAGCCAUCAGUACUGCAAAGAAAAAGACCCAUGUGGUAGUGUCCUGUUUUUCCUUGAUCCUCCUUUCCAAAGUCAGGCCUUGAGGAGCAGUUUGAGGCUGGUUGUACCUGUGAGCAGCAGAGACCAGUGUUACUGCAGCUGAGCACCAGUUUCUCUGGUGGGUACCACGGGUGUGUGCCAGGCAUGGAAUGACCUGUUCUUCCAGGGUGGGGGGCUUGGGGCAGCUACAGCACAGCACUGCUCCCCUCUGACCUUGGGAAUAGGUGUCAGUGAGAUCUGAGCAAUGCUCUGCUGUGGCCCCAUUCCUAAAACCUGCUGCAGGAUGCACAGGUGGCCUUGCCUGAAACCUAGGGAGCAAAGUGCUCCAAAGUUUGGGAAAUGCCAGGAUUAAACCUGCCUUUGAAGCUUAGACUUCAGGUGUCCAUGUGCCUGGUGGAGCAGUGUUGUCCAGGUGCUCUGCCGAGGGGCCCUGUGGGCUGGAACUGGCACUGUGGGUACCACAAAGUGUCCCUGUCCUGUUCACACAGCAGGGGGAGGUUGGGCAGCAAACAAAUUGGGAGGAAAAGAAGCUUUUCUGGGGUGUGCACUGGAAUUUGGGGGUUGUAUCAGGGAUUUGAGGCUUGGUGCUCCUGCACAUGAGCCAGGCACAUUCCAGAUGUGAUGAGAACAUUCCAAGUACAGCAAUGGUGCUGCUGUGGGGUGGUGGUGUGUCAAAAAAUUAGCAUUAACAUUUGUGUCUCGUUUGCAGGAAACCUUAUAGGAGCAGGUGGGAAAGUUGAGCAGAGUUUGUUGGGCACCUGGGAUGGGAAGAGCACCAGUGUGCACCAGUGGGCAUUUUGAGUGGUUGGUGCCAGUCUGCAAAGGUUCAUUAUUCCAGGAUGGUGGCUGGCUUGGUUAUUAAGGGUUGAUUAUUCCAGGAUGGGGGCUGGCAGAGCAGGCAGUCUUAGUUCUGGUAUUUCCCACCUUUGAGCACGAGUGUGUACAGAAAGCAAAAUUAAUGUUGCUUUUUAUCUACUAAAUAGCUUGUAGAAUAUAUUAGACGUCUGUUCAAGUGAUUGGACCUGGUUCUAGGGUUGGUAUCUUCCCUGUCCUUCCUGUGGGAGUCCCAGAGCUGUAUAGGGAUGCAGGUGGGGAGACCAAAGCCAGUGACUUCUCUGGACCUGCUGUGUCCUGCAUGGAGCUUGAACUUAUACACAGCAUUUUGCACUGGAACCAGAUCACACCUCUCCAUCUGAAGAUCUCCAAGGACUUGAUGGCGGUGGGGACCUCCUGUGGGAAGCACAGUCAUACAGAGUCUUCUCUGGAACUGGGAAGGGGGCUGGGAUGGAGCAGGAGGUGAGACUGGGAGGUAAAAACAUUUCCCAAAGCAAUAAGUGUUCUUUGUUUAUACUGGGGGGUGUCAGGUGCUGGUGUGUGCUGGGAGGGGGUGUGUGGCUCGGGGUGUCUGGUGACAAACAGGACAAGCUGUGUUGGUACAGCACGGGCAUCCUGCUCCAUAGGGAAAAGGAGAGUCCUCUCUGGAGCCCGUGGGCUGGAAAUGUAUCCCUGCCCUUCUCCAAAGGGUGCUGGGGCUCCUUGUUUCUGGGUCAGAAUAAGAGAGGGAAGGGUGUUCCUGAGCAGGAGGGUGGCUCGGAGCGGGGGGUGCCCCUGUUCCCUGGGAACACCGAGCACUGGGAAACGGGUCUGUGUGUGUGGAUGUGUUUGGGGUUUUUAAAUUAAAGACGUGACACAUC